AUUUAUAUACCGAUAUUUCGCUCUGCUUUUGCUGAAAUAAAUACAUUGUUUAUAGCAUCCAUAGCCAGCAAAAUAUAUCAACAAUGGAACUUGCAGUGCCAAAGAGUCCUAGACAAAACAUAUUAAAGGGAUUGCCACCUCACAUUCUCAACGCUAUUUUUACCCAACUCUCGUUUGAACAAACAUUCUUAUUCAUUUCCUCUGCUAACCCAACAGUUAAAAGAACAUGUUUGGCAAAAGUAUUCCAAAAUAUUGAACUAAUUACACAUGAUUCUCGAAAUUUUGUUCCUUCUGAUCACACUAAAAACUUCCCAAAGUCCCCCUUGAUAUUGAGCCUUAAAGAUGUUUUACUUUUUAAACACUAUUUGAAUCAAUUUACCAAUGCGAUAUUUCUCAAAGUAUGCUUGCCUGACACAAAUUUAUUAGAUAAUCAUCAAGACAUAAUCACUAUGUUUUGUUCAGUGACAAAAAUGGUAAUUGACGUACAAUCACCUUCGUACUGUUACAAUAAUGCACUUUAUUCAGCGCCUUCUUCAGAACCAAAGGUACAUGAUGGUUUUCGGAAAUGUAUAUCAAUAAUCAAAAACUUGCUACUAGUUCAAAAACACACAUUGAAAACCGUGAUAAUUGACUUUAAGAAUAUAAUUUCUCGGAAAUAUUCCAAAUUUCAACAUGCACCAGGCACAAGUAACGAUCCUGAUUAUCAUCCAGAGGAUCUAACCGAUCCACAAUCUCUUUUCUCAGAUGAAUGUGUUAAUUUUAAUCAAUUUGACUUGAAAAGAUUACACUUGAAUGGUAUGGACCUAACCGAAAUAGAAUCUGGCGUGUCAAAGCUAAAAAGUAUAAACCAUUUUGAAUUAAGAAAUAAUAAUUUUGGCAGAUUGGAAAAUGUCUGUUUUUCUGAAAUGAUAAAGUAUUUGGACUUAACCAACAGUAAAAUUACAAGUAUUAAAAAUGUUCAUUUUCCAAAGCAUUUGGCUACUUUAAAACUAUUUUCUAAUAAACUAAAAGAGUUUAACAAUCCCAUUGAGCCUGAAGAUCAGAUCAAACCAAAUCUAAGAAACAAUUCCAUUUUUAAUAUCAAAAGUAUUCGAAGUUUAAAUCCAUUGUCAAAUUUAGAAGAAUUAUAUCUUUUGUUGAAUCUUUGUUCAAACAGGAUAAAAAUUGUAGAAAACAUUGAAAGAUUAGACAAUUUAAGUAAGAUCAAUUUAGCACACAACAUUAGUGGCUUUAAACUUGUGGAAAAUAAGACGUGUUUGAGAAAAUUAACGACAAUGAAUCUAUCCUAUAACAGAAUAUCCGAAAUUAGCGGUUUGAAUUGUAUAAAGAAUUUGAAAUCUUUGGACUUACCAAACAAUCGUAUUAAAACACUAGUCUCUAUUGAACAGCUAAAUAAUUGUUCAUUUGUAAAUCUAUGAUAUAAUAAGAUAGAUCUAACUCAAAAUGGGAGAAUUAAAACUAAGCAGUCUUCAAUAUUCAAAAAACUAUUCAAAAGAUUGUUUAAAAGAAAACCCACUUUGUCAGGUUUAAAUAAAAAGGAUCUUCCACAAUUGUCUAACUUUAUGAAGAUUGCAAUAUCAAAAUCAGGAGUAUCCAAAGAAGAGUGAUAGAUUGAGGAAAACAUUCCCAAGUUUAAAGAUUACUUUCUAUGGCAAUAAGAUUACUUUCUAUGGCAAUAAGAUUACUUUCUAUGGCAAUAAGAUUAUCUUGAAUUGCUAGUUUUGAAUACUCUAAACUCCAACUUUUCCAACAUAACAGAACUC